AGUAACAAUAGGAACACGUCGCGCGCGCAGGUACAGAGAGAUUGGCCUACGAAACAACUGGUUUCGGAAGUCUUGAACGCAUCCACACGCUCUACAUAUCCACGAAUCCGACGUCGUUCUCAAUGAUGAGCUUGUUAUCGGAGAAGGCACUGUUUUUCUGGGACUGGCGGUGGCUGACGACUGGCUUGGUGUUCCUGCUCUCGUAUCACGUGGUGCGCUUUUAUCGCAAAGUAUCCAAGUACCCCAAGGGACCUUUUCCGCUGCCCCUGGUCGGAAAUAUAUUGAGCCUACGAAGUGAGACGCAGCUCUUCAAGAAGGUCGAAGAGUGGUCCAGAAAGCAUGGAGACCCGUUCACACUGUGGAUGGGAGAGAAGCCGAUGGUGAUGCUCUCUUCGUACCCGGUGAUAAAGGAAGCAUUUAUCGACAAGAGGCACGAAUUCUCCGGACGCAUCCAGUUGAAACUGGCUGCGCUCCGGCUGCGGGGAAACCAUGGCAUCGUGUUCGAGGACUACAAUCCGACGUGGAAAGCACUCAGAAAAUUUGCCCUGAUCGCCGUCAGGAAAUACGCAAUGAAUGAAUCCCUGGAAACCCUCUGCGCGGGAGUGGUCGAUGCAUACGUGGAAUCUUUGAAGAAGGGAGACAAUACAGUUGACUGCAAGGACUCAUUUAUGUUCAUCAUAUUCAACAUCAUCGGCACAUCUGUCUUCGGAACAAAGUUUGAGAAAGAAGGCCCUGAACUGGCUCGGCUAAAAGAGAUUAACGAGGCUUUCUCCGAGGAGGCACCCAAUGGCCUCCCUAGCGACGUCGUACCCUGGCUCGGCAUUUUAUACCGUAAACGAGAAAAGAAGAUUGAGCGCUUAUUCGCCGAGUUCAUUGAUAUACUCGAGGGUCUAUAUACAAGGGCUUUAGAGUCCUAUGUCCCAGGAACCAUACAAAACUUCGCGCAGUCGAUGUUGGUGGCCCGAGAAGAGGCCAUCGGGCAAGAGAAGGGUGAUGCGCAAUACCUCACCGAAGGAAACAUGAUCCAGGUUCUUUUCGACAUUUUUGCUGGUGGAACAGAGACGACCAUCGGAACACUGCAGUGGCUGUGUCUGAAAAUGACUCGAGAGCCGGAGAUUCAGCUGAAAAUUCAGAAGGAGAUCGAAGACAACCUUGGGGAAGCUCCACCAACGGUGAAGGACAGGGACAAGCUCCCGUACACAGUGGCCUGCAUCUAUGAGACUCUUCGAUUUUAUCCCGUGGCCCCGGUCGGUCUUCCGCACAAGACGUCUUGCGACACACAGGCUGGCGGCAAGUUCAUCCCGGAGGACACCGCCCUCCUCUUCAACGUCUAUGGCGCGAAUCAUGAUCCGGCUCUCUGGGAGCAUCCGGACGCUUUUAAGCCGGAGAGAUUCCUCGAUCCCUCAACGGGAAAGCUGAACCUUGAGGGCCUGCCUCCGAUCCUCACGUUCGGCCUGGGCCCGAGGACGUGUCCCGGAGAAAAGUUGGCGCACAUGGACAUCUUCUACGUUCUCGUGCGCCUCAUGCAGCGCGUCAGCUGCAGCGUGCCGGCCGCAACCAUGAACAAGGACAUAAAGAAGAUGGACUCCAAUUUGUUCCUGGUGCCAGCAGCCCAGGACAUUAUUUUCACAAAGAGAGACUGAGAGGUGCCGCGUAGGGAGGUGGUGGCCUGUUCACAUAUUGGCGUUUCGGUGUGGCACAUGUCGGAGUGCGUGGAGUCGGGAUGCUGAGUUUAACCUCCACCCCUUCCUGUUUUGAUCUAGAUGAGCAUCGUACCGGUGUGCGGCAGGGUAUCCCUGCUGCGGGAUUCUGCUCAAAGACCUCAGACUGGAAAUCAUACUGCACUGACUAAAUUUAUUAUCUGCAGCGGAGACACCAGACGCUAACUGAAACUGAGAACCUUCCCGCUGUUUGAAAAAAAAACACCACAUAUCAGAAUUGCUUCAAGCGCGACAGAUUUGAUUGCAGAAAGGUGAGUGCAAAGUUCUGCAGAGAAGACUGUAGAACAUUUGCAGCAUGCUUGUGCGUUGUAAUGCAAGCGACCCUAAUUAAAAACCUAUAGCAACUGGCUACCAGCGCCUACGGUUCGCAAAUAACGAGCGAUCUCCGAGAAAUAAAAAAAAUGGUGGCGGCUCCUGAACGCUGCAUCGCAGCAUUGCUGGUCUGUCGGCUUGCCCUUCGGCUCGGUGACAUCUCCUCCGCUUGUGCCGUUAGCUUCGCAUAAAUAAUUUGUCAGACCUUUUACAGGAAUCUAAGUUCCCGCUUUAAUGCAGAAGACACCCUUUUCAAAGCGUCAUCAAGCAAUAUGGGUGGUCAUCAUUUCUGCGGCACGAAUCGUGUGAUUGAAUCUGAGUCAUUGCGGAGCACUGGCGGCCGGAUUGUGUAAUUGACACAGCGGCUUCUAGAUGGCGCCAAGUCUAGAAAGUGGUAUAUUUUGAUGAACUACACUGACAUGUAUAGGGAAAUCGCAUCUCCAACCUUCUCUUCUUGGCUUCAAGCUGGCUGAUCGAGCGGCUCGGAAAGCUGUUCAGGCUAAAACAACUUCCAUGCGAAGUAUUGUGGCAAGGUCGACGGCGAAUGGCUAGCUACUCGCGUCUGCAUCCUGUCACAACCACACCGUAGGGCACUUGACAUAUUGAAACGCACAUGGCGGAAGAGAGGUCGACGGGUACGGCAACGCUAACAUGGCGUGCUCCGCCGGAAAACAAGCAUUAAAGUUGUAUCUUUAUUAUUUUACGUGUAUUUUAGAAACAACAUAUCAUUUGUAGAUUUCUUGACCGUCUAAUAGACAAUAAAAAAGAUACU